AUGAGAUCUUUAUUCCUUCCCGAUCGGCUUUCAAAUCCUGAAAUUUCCAUUAUUCAGAAUAAAGAUCUUGUUGUUCAAUAUGUUCCUACUGAUGAACAAGUUGCCGACAUUCUCACCAAAGGUCUCAUAUUCCCAUUUUUGUCUCCCCUAGCUGCCAUUAGGCCAUAUCCAAGGACCUAA